AUGCUCCCCCUCCACAAGGCAACAAAUUCCUUCCUCUCAUCCCUCUCCCGCCCAUCCUUCCUCCCAACCCUUCCUCUUGUCAGCCGCCAUCCCGCACCCCUUCUCCGCAGCACCUACGCAACCCACACCAGCACCAGCACCCCCCCACCCAACCCCUCCUCGCGAAAGUCCAUAACCAUAACCAGCGACGACGGACGUGUACGGUGGACGGACCUCUCCCGCCGCGAAAAAGCAGCACGAACGACGCAGCAAUCCUUCAACUUCCUGGUUGUUAUUGUCGGGGUCGUGGCUACGGGCUUCGUGGCCAGCGUCCUCUGGAGCGACGUCUUCAGCAGCAGCUCCAAAGUCAGCCAUUUCAACCGGGUGGUCGAGCGCAUCAAGAACGAUGGCCGGUGUGUGGAUGCCCUGGGCAAUCCGCGGAAGAUCCGCGCGUUCGGAGAUGGGAGUUGGAACCGGUGGACUAGGAAUCGCGCCAUUCCGAGUCGGGUGGUGAAGGAUGGACAGGGGAACGAGGAGCUGUCAAUGCAGUUUAACGUCGUGGGGCCAAAGGGAGAGGGGAGGGUGCAUGUGCGGAUGCGGCGGAGGGCUGGGGAAGGGGAGUGGCAGUAUAGGGAGCUGUGGCUGGAUCCGAAGGCAGGCAAAUCGCGCAUCUAUCUCGAAAGAGCUGAUGCUGUCGCCGGAGAGAAGAAGGCGCCGGGGAAGAUGUUUGGCGUCAAGUGGUGGUGA